GCCCCCGGGGCCGCGCGGACCGCGCCGGCAGAGGCGGAAGCCUGAGCGGGAGGCGGGGCGGCGCGCUGACUCACACGGGAUCCACCCGACCGCUGCUUCCAGGGGCGGAGGUGACAGCGGGCCGGGGACGGGCGGCUGCAACUGCCUGCUGCGCCGAGGGACAGCCAGGCGGCGGAAAGCAGCAUUGGCCAGGACUUCUAGAACUGUGUCAAAACAGCUGCUACACUAACGGGCAUCUUUGUCUUGUUCUCAGUCUUAAAAAGAGUUAUAAAACAUGGAGGCUGGCUCAGUGGUUCGAGCCAUUUUUGACUUCUGCCCUAGCGUAUCAGAAGAACUGCCGCUCUUUGUGGGAGAUGUUAUUGAGGUGCUGGCAGUGGUGGAUGAAUUUUGGCUUCUAGGAAAGAAGGAGGAUGUUACAGGACAGUUCCCCAGCAGUUUUGUGGAAAUUGUGACCAUUCCCAGUCUAAAAGAGGGAGAGAGGCUGUUUGUGUGCAUUUGUGAAUUCACAUCCCAAGAAUUGGAUAAUCUUUCCCUCCAUCGAGGUGACCUGGUGAUUCUCGAUGGCAUUCCCACUGCAGGCUGGCUGCAGGGCCGAAGCUGCUGGGGCGCACGGGGCUUCUUCCCGUCUUCGUGUGUCCGCGAGCUCUGCCUCUCCUCACAGAGCCGGCAGUGGCACUCCCAGAGCGCCCUGUUUCAGAUUCCGGAAUAUUCCAUGGGACAAGCCCGGGCCUUGAUGGGGCUUUCUGCUCAGCUGGAUGAAGAGCUGGACUUCAGGGAAGGGGAUGUGAUCACCAUUAUUGGAGUUCCUGAACCAGGCUGGUUUGAAGGGGAGUUAGAGGGCCGAAGAGGCAUUUUUCCAGAAGGUUUUGUAGAGUUGUUGGGGCCCCUGAGGACUGUGGAUGAGUCAGUAAGUUCUGAAAAUCAAGAUGACUGCAUUGUUAAUGGUGAAGUAGUUACCCCUGUAGGAGAAGAAGAGAUAGGGCCGGAUGAGGAUGAGGAGGAGCCAGGGACCUACGGGGUCGCCCUGUACAGAUUCCAAGCCCUGGAGCCAAAUGAGCUGGAUUUCGAGGUCGGGGAUAAAAUCCGAAUUCUGGCGACCUUGGAAGAUGGCUGGCUGGAAGGAUCCCUGAAGGGCAGGACAGGCAUCUUUCCUUACCGGUUUGUGAAAUUAUGUCCUGACACACGGGUAGAGGAAGCCAUAGCUCUGCCCCAGGAAGGCAGCCUUGCCAGGAUCCUGGAAACUUCUUUGGAUUGUUUGGAGAACUCCGUAGGAGUAGAGGAACAAAGACAUGAAACCAGUGACCAUGAGGCCGAGGAGCCUGACUGCAUUAUUUCUGAAGCACCCACUUCUCCCCUCAGUCAUCUGACUUCAGAGCAUGACGCAGACAGAAACUCUUAUCAGGAUGAGGACAGCGCAGGAGGGCCCCCGAGAAGCCCAGGCGUGGAGUGGGAAAUGCCUCUUGCCACAGACUCUCCAACCUCUGACCCUACAGAGAUAGUCAAUGGUAUUUCCUCCCAACCUCAGGUCCCUUUUCAUCCCAACUUGCAGAAAAGCCAGUAUUAUUCUACAGCGGGAGGGAGCCACCUGCACUCAGAACAGUACCCUGACCUUCUUCCCCUAGAAGCAAGGACUAGAGACUAUGCCAGCCUACCUCCCAAAAGAAUGUAUUCCCAGCUAAAAACUCUUCAGAAGCCAGUGCUCCCUCUUUACAGGGGCUCUUCUGUUUCAGCUUCAAGGGUAGUCAAACCCAGCCAAUUGAGUCCUCAGCUCCACGACCUAGCAAGUUAUGCUAAAAAGCACCACACGUCCAGCGUUUACUCUGUCUCAGAGAGAUUGGAGAUGAAGCCUGGUCCGCAAGCACAAGGGCUUGUUACGGAAGCAGCAACACAUUCACAGGGAGACGGCAGCACUGACCUGGACUCGAAGCUGACACAACAGCUGAUCGAGUUUGAGAAGAGCUUGGCAGGGCCCGGCACAGAGCCAGAUAAAAUUUUACGCCACUUUUCAAUCAUGGACUUUAACUCUGAGAAGGAUAUUGUCCGAGGUUCCUCAAAGUUAAUCACAGAGCAGGAGCUGCCGGAAAGGAGAAAGGCCCUAAGGCCACCACCACCUCGUCCCAGUACUCCAUUAUCCACUUCUCCCCAUUUGCUGGUUGACCAGAACCUAAAACCUGCACCACCCUUGGCGGUGCGACCCUCUCGUCCAGCUCCCCUGCCUCCCUCAGCACAGCAGAGAACGAAUGCGGUAUCCCCCAAGCUCCUAUCUCGACACCAUCCUACCUGUGAGACCUUAGAAAAAGAGGGCCCCGGACAUAUGGGAAAGAGUCUGGACCAGACCUCCCCAUGCCCCUUAGUGCUGGUGAGGAUUGAGGAAAUGGAACAGGACUUGGAUAUGUACAGUAGAGCUCAAGAAGAGCUAAACCUCAUGCUGGAGGAGAAGCAGGAUGAAUCAUCAAGGGCAGAGACCCUCGAGGAUCUCAAGUUCUGUGAAAGUAACAUUGAAAGUUUGAAUAUGGAACUCCAGCACCUAAGAGAAAUGACGCUCCUCUCCUCCCAGUCUUCAUCACUGGUGGCCCCUUCUGGGUCUGUGUCCACCGAAAAUCCAGAGCAGAGGAUGCUGGAGAAGAGAGCCAAGGUCAUAGAAGAACUUCUUCAGACAGAAAGAGACUACAUUCGGGAUCUGAAAAUGUGUAUUGAGCGGAUCAUGGUACCCCUGCAGCAGGCACAGGUACCAAACAUUGAUUUUGAGGGACUUUUUGGAAAUAUGCAGAUGGUAAUUAAGGUCUCGAAGCAAUUAUUGGCUGCUCUGGAAAUCAGCGAUGCUGUAGGACCUGUGUUUCUUGGUCACCGGGAUGAGCUUGAGGGAACAUACAAGGUUUACUGCCAGAAUCAUGAUGAGGCCAUUGCGCUGCUUGAAAUCUACGAGAAGGAUGAGAAGAUCCAGAAGCACCUUCAGGACUCCUUGGCAGAUCUGAAGAGCCUAUACAACGAAUGGGGAUGCACAAAUUAUAUUAACCUGGGCUCCUUCCUCAUCAAACCAGUACAGAGAGUAAUGCGUUACCCGCUGUUGCUAAUGGAGUUGCUGAAUUCCACCCCAGAAUCCCACCCAGAUAAAGUGCCUUUAACCAAUGCAGUCCUUGCGGUCAAAGAAAUCAACGUUAACAUUAAUGAAUAUAAACGGCGAAAGGACCUGGUCCUCAAGUACCGUAAGGGUGAUGAAGAUAGCCUUAUGGAGAAAAUUUCCAAACUGAACAUCCACUCCAUCAUCAAGAAAUCCAACCGAGUUAGCAGUCACCUGAAGCAUCUCACUGGCUUUGCUCCUCAGAUAAAAGAUGAAGUAUUUGAAGAAACAGAAAAAAACUUCCGAAUGCAAGAAAGAUUGAUUAAGUCUUUUAUCCGAGACCUGUCUCUCUACCUCCAGCACAUCCGGGAGUCCGCAUGUGUGAAAGUGGUGGCUGCUGUGAGCAUGUGGGAUGUGUGCAUGGAGAGAGGACACCGGGACCUGGAGCAGUUCGAGAGGGUGCAUCGCUACAUCAGUGACCAGCUCUUCACAAACUUUAAGGAGAGGACAGAGCGGCUUGUCAUCUCCCCCUUAAAUCAGUUACUGAGCAUGUUUACAGGGCCCCAUAAGCUGGUACAGAAACGCUUUGACAAGCUCCUGGACUUCUAUAACUGUACAGAACGGGCAGAGAAGCUAAAGGACAAGAAGACCCUGGAGGAGCUGCAGUCGGCCCGGAACAACUAUGAAGCCCUGAAUGCACAACUGCUGGAUGAGCUGCCCAAGUUCCACCAGUAUGCCCAGGGCCUCUUCACCAACUGUGUCCACGGCUAUGCUGAAGCCCACCGUGACUUCGUGCACCAGGCUCUGGAGCAAUUAAAGCCACUGCUUUCGUUACUCAAAGUGGCCGGUAGAGAGGGAAACCUUAUUGCCAUCUUCCACGAAGAGCACAGCAGAGUUCUGCAGCAACUCCAGGUUUUUACCUUCUUCCCGGAGUCUCUUCCAGCUACCAAGAAGCCGUUUGAGAGGAAAACCAUUGACCGCCAGUCUGCUCGAAAGCCGCUCCUGGGCCUGCCAAGUUACAUGCUACAGUCAGAAGAACUCCGGGCCUCCCUCCUGGCCAGGUAUCCCCCUGAAAAACUCUUCCAGGCAGAACGGAACUUCAAUGCUGCUCAAGACUUGGAUGUCUCACUUUUGGAAGGUGACCUGGUGGGUGUGAUUAAGAAAAAAGACCCCAUGGGCAGUCAGAACCGCUGGCUGAUUGACAAUGGAGUCACCAAAGGCUUCGUGUACAGCUCCUUCCUAAAGCCCUACAAUCCUCACCGCAGCCACUCCGAUGCCUCCGUGGGCAGCCACUCCUCCACAGAGUCUGAGCACGGCAGCUCCUCCCCCAGGUUCCCACGCCAGAACAGUGGCAGCACCCUGACCUUCAACCCCAGCAGCAUGGCUGUAUCCUUUACCUCGGGGUCUUGCCAGAAGCAGCCUCAAGAUGCAUCUCCUCCGCCAAAGGAAUGUGACCAAGGAACUCUCAGUGCAUCCCUAAAUCUGAGUAAUUCAGAGAGUAGUCCUUCCAGAUGCCCUUCAGACCCAGACUCUACCUCCCAGCCAAGGUCAGGGGACUCUGCAGAUGUAGCUAGAGAUGUAAACCAACCCACUGCCACGCCAAGGAGCCACCGGAACUUCAGGCAUCCAGAAGUAGUUGGCUACUCCGUACCAGGACGAAAUGGGCAAAGUCAAGACCUCGUCAAAGGAUGUGCAAGAACAGCCCAGGCUCCGGAAGACAGAAGUGCAGAGCCAGACGGCAGUGAGGCAGAAGGCAACCAGGUCUAUUUUGCUGUCUACACCUUCAAGGCACGAAACCCAAAUGAGCUGAGCGUGUCAGCCAAUCAGAAACUCAAGAUCCUCGAGUUUAAAGAUGUUACAGGAAAUACAGAGUGGUGGUUAGCUGAGGUUAACGGGAAGAAGGGCUACGUUCCCUCCAAUUAUAUCCGCAAAACCGAGUACACCUGAGCCCAUGUUGCCUGCCACCCAGCCUUGCUGCCUUUGCUUUCAGUCCGCCGAGGGUUCUGGCGGCCCACCGAGAGGGCGCCUGCUCCUGAGACACAUGCCCUGUCUGCGUUGCUUAACCAUGGCAUGGUGGAGCACACCACAGAUCUUGUUCUUGAUUGGGUUGUAAACCUUGAUGCUCACUAGAAUCUCUAGAAUUUGAAACGGACCCUGGGGCUUUGCAAAUGACUUAGUGACCAUGAGAAGAGAGACAGGUGUUGGAGCUGGCUUUUGGGAAGGAGAAACUUGCAGUCAGAAGCCCAGUGUCCUAUGUAUGCAGGAAGCUGUGCUCUAGCAAUAGACAGUGUUGGUAGUGGUUGUGCUGUACUGCGUUUGGGGUGGCCCCAUGUUCCAUGCUCAGCUGACCGGAUGCCAACUCAGAUGAAAAGAAUUCAUGGCUCUGGGACCCCGUGAGGCAGUGCUUGCACGUGGCCGGGGGUUUGUCGGGAUUGAACCAAACCUAGUGCUUCAAAGCUCCUGGGACACCUCCAGUGUCCAGCACACAUUCUCAUACAUACUGCCUCUAAUUUCUAAAGUCCCUAAAGCACUACCUUCUGUAACCUUGUUUCUUUUACUCUAUUCCCAGAUUAGUUAUGCAAAGUUCAACUGCUUUCUACUUUUAUAGAAGUGUUUAGGGUCUUUAUUUUCUGUUGACCCUUCAUCUGAAAGAUUCUCUUCCCUUGUUAGGUACAAUCACUGCCCCCCCCCCCUUUUUUUUUUUGAGAUGGGGUCUUGCUAUGUUGCCCAGGCUGGUCUUAAACACCUGGGCUCAAGCAACCCUCCCACCUCUCUGCUGGGAUUACAGGUGUGAGCCACCGUACCGCAACCUCAAUGACACCUUUCUGAUGGUCUUUACACGGUCUGUGAUGUCUGGUGGCCCCCUGUCCUGGACUCAAUAAUUAAUAGAUUUUCCUAGAAUAACAGUAUAAGAGCUCCAGCCAUUCCAUUAAAAGUAUUAGUUCUGCUUUGAGCUGAAACCAGUUGAGCCUAGUGAAAGACUGGAUGUCUUUCUUCUUCAUCCAAGCGCCCUAAUGACUGUUUAGUUACAUCCAUAGAUGCAGACAACAUAACACCUGUGACUUACUUGAAUUGGGAUAAGCCAUUCCAGAAGUAGCUUAUCCUAGACUUGGAAAUAAGAUUUUUUCACCACUAACUUCCAUGCUUCAGAGAUGACAUUCAAAGCCAGAUUCCCAAGUGCCUGAUCAUACCUCCCAGUCUCAGGAAGAUAUUUGCUUACCCCUUAGACCAAGAAUCUUAAGAUCUUCCCCAGCUAUGAAGCCUAUCUUGGAAUGGGAAACCAUGAGAUUUGUCUUUUAAAAGAAAGGGAAGAAAUAGCCUUACAGCCCCCUGUUCCUCCAAGUGCACAUUUAGCCUUAAAAUCCUGGGAGUCUGGGGAGACACCAUGGAGUCCUUAUAUCCACAGUGUCUCUGCUGGUCGUGGUCAGAAGGCAGUAAUGCAAGAGUCCUUUUGUGAAGAGUGUUUCUAUGUAGAGAUGUUUAUAUUUAAGUAGUUCUUUUAUAAAUAAAAGCAUUUCUAAUGGCCA